UUCUAUACAGAAAACUGGUGAUAACAAAAAGCAUGCAACUAAUAAUAUACCAUGUAUGUUCAAAUUUACUCCUUCCCCCGAUUGUUCCGGUGCAUGGUGCAUUGAAAUUAAACCUCGUCCUGAUAAUACCGGCGAAAAAAUCAAGAAAACUCCUAAACGAAAUGAAAUGAAACCAUGUACCAGACCGUGUUGUAAACAUUGGAAAUUAAAAGAGGGAGACUGCCAAUACGACUUACCUUGUAAGGCUGCUUGUUUUAACCAUCCACCUGGAAUGAAACCCAAAUAUCACGUACCCGAAAUUGACUACGAACUUCUAAAGGUUUUGGGAGAACGCUACAAUAAUCCAACAAAUUAAUACAAAAGUAAACAUCUAAUUAAUAAUAACAGGCCAACUAUAACACCUUUUUAUUGUAACUGAAGGAAUUAAAAUAUCACAACUAAUUGAAUUUGUUUGCAUUAUGUAUAAAGUGAACUUUCUCCAUGUGGUUGAUCUUGUAUUCUUCUUAUCAUUAAGUUAGGAAUUGAUUUAUCACUUUUCGUCUUCUCUCAUAUCAAUUAGUCUCG